GAGUGGGUGUGUUUUAUUUGUGUGUGUGAGAGAAACAGAGAUUUCUAGAGAGAGAAACAGAGAUGGUCCUCUGUUAAAGCAAGCGACAAAGACUCAAUCUCCGAGAUGACGACGAAGAAAGUUGAUAAGAGAAUGAGGUUUACAAAGCAAAAGAAGAAUUCUCACUUUUAUAUAUAGGAAUUUGGAAGGACGAGGAACGGUUAUAGAGAGAGAGGAAACGCGGCAUUGAGGUUUUUGUGGCAAUGGCGGGACGGGAGGAAGUAGGAGGAGGAGGAGGAGGAGGAGGAAGAGGAGGUGUUGCGAUUUUAUCUGGAGAAGUGAACUCGGUUGAUUCUUCUUUGACGGAAACGUGUUUGGAGAAUUGUGAAUUGAAGUAUCCGAUUCUUAUUUUUAUCUUUUUUCAUAAGGCUAUUCGUUUAGAACUUGAAUCGCUUCAGAAAUCUGCUACGGAUAUGGCUACUGGACAACUAGUUGAUACUCAAGCAUUGUUUGAACGAUAUCAUUUUGUUAGGUCAAUUUACAAGCAUCAUUCUUAUGCGGAGGACGAGGUCAUUUUUCCAGCUCUUGAUGUGCGUGUGAAAAAUGUUGCUCAAGCAUACUCCUUGGAGCACAAGGGAGAAAGUGAUCUUUUUGAUCACAUACUUGAGCUACUAAAUACAAAUAAUCAGAAGGAUGAAAAUUUUACUAAGGAAUUGGCUUCAUGCACAGGAGCUCUUCAGACAUCAGUUAGUCAACACCUCUCAAAGGAGGAAGAGCAGGUCUUUCCCCUGCUUAUUGAGAAAUUCUCCAUUGAAGAGCAAGCAUCUUUAGUUUGGCAGUUCUUCUGCACAAUUCCUGUGAAUAUGUUAGCGAAGUUCCUUCCCUGGCUCUCCUCUUCUAUUUGUAUUGAUGACUAUCAGGAUAUGCAGAAGUGUUUGAGCAAGGUAGUCCCCAAUGAGAAGCUUCUCCAGCAGGUCUUUUUUAACUGGAUUGCAGCAGGGGAGAACAUUAAAAUGUCUGGAAGCUGCAAUUCUGAUACUGGAAUGCAGUUGACUACUGAUUUCAGUUAUAGCAGCAGCUUAUAUCAAGAAACUGACAGGCUAGACUGUCCUUGUGAAACAUCCAAGACUGUGAAAAGGAAAUACACAAGUCCAAAUGUUGAUAUUGUUGACACUCGUGAGUUGCACCCAAUAGAUGAAAUCAUUUAUUGGCAUAGUGCUAUAAAAAGGGAACUAAAUGACAUAGCAGAGGAAGCAAGAAGGAUACAGCUUUCAGAAGAUUUUUCUGAUUUAACAAUCUUUAAUGAAAGGCUUCAAUUUAUCGCGGAAGUUUGCAUCUUUCACAGUAUAGCUGAGGACAAGAUCAUAUUUCCUGCUGUUGAUGGAGAGUUGUCUUAUUUCCAGGAGCAUGCUGAAGAAGAAAGUAAUUUUUAUGUUUUCAGAUGUUUAAUUGAAAAUAUGCAAAAUGAGGGGUUAAAAUCAUCAUCAGCUGCUGAUUUUUACAAGAAACUGUGUUUCCAUGCUGAUCAUAUAAUGGAAACCAUACAAAGACAUUUUGACAAAGAGGAAAUGCAGGUCUUGCCCCUUGCUAGAAAGCAUUUUAGCUUCGAAAAGCAACGAGAACUUUUAUAUCACAGUUUGUGUGUGAUGCCCCUGAAGUUGCUUGAACGUGUUCUUCCAUGGUUAGUUGGAUCACUUUCUGAAAAUGAUGCCAAAACCUUCCUCAGGAAUAUGCAUUUAGCAGCUCCAGCACCAGAUACAGCACUAGUAACCCUUUUAUCAGGCUGGGCAUGCAAGGGACGCCAUCAAAAUCCAUGCCUAUCUUCUGGUGCAAUUGACUGUUGUGAUUUUCGUCUUGUUUGCCCAUGCCAGCCAGUUCAGAAAUCUUUUCAUGAGAAACCAGUCAAGCAGAAUGCAUUUGCAGAUGAGAUUGUCUCUGAUCGUUCAUGUAUUGUUCCUGGUUUGGGUGUGAGAAGUAAUAAUCUAGGUCUUAGCACUCUCUCUAAAACAAAGUCUCUACGUUCUUUAUCCUUCAAAGCAGAUGCCCCACCAAUUAACUCCAGCCUCUUCUGCUGGGAAACAGAUACUAGCAUUUCCGACAUGGGGCAUGGAGUGCAUCCGAUUGACACAUUGUUUAAGUUCCAUAAAGCAAUACGCAAGGAUUUGGAAUAUCUAGAUGUUGAAUCUGAAAAGCUUGGUGAUUGUGAUGAGUCAUUUCUUCGACAAUUCACUGGAAGGUUUCGCUUGCUGUGGGGUCUAUAUAUAGCUCACAGUAAUGCUGAAGAUGAAAUAGUUUUCCCUGCAUUGGAAUCAAAAGAGGCCCUCCACAAUGUGAGCCACUCAUACACAUUGGACCAUAAACAGGAGGAAAAAUUAUUUGCUGACAUAUCAUCUGCACUUACCGAGCUUUGCCACUUUCGUGAUGGUCAUGAAGGGAACUUGAUGGGUAAUGAUACUUUGAGAAAAUACAAUGAGCUUGUUACAAAGCUUCAAGGCUUAUGCAAAUCCAUAAGAGUUAGUUUAGAUCAGCACAUAUUUAGGGAAGAGCUAGAAUUAUGGCCCUUAUUUGGGAAACAUUUCUCGGUUAAGGAGCAAGACAAGAUUAUUGGGCGUAUUAUUGGAACUACAGGUGCUGAGGUACUUCAGUCGAUGUUACCGUGGGUAACAUCUGCAUUAACGAAUGAUGAGGUGAACAAAGUGAUGGAAAUAUGGAAACAGGCAACCAGAAAUACCAUGUUUAGUGAAUGGCUUCAUGAAUUUUGGAAAGAAAGUCAAACAUCUUCACAAUCAGAUAUUUUAGAAGAUAAGACUCAUAAAGGCGUCGAUUCUUGUAAAAGCUUGGACCAGAACGAGCAGAUGUUCAAACCUGGUUGGAAAGACAUUUUCCGCAUGAAUCAAAAUGAACUAGAGACCGAGAUAAGAAAGGUUUACCUCGAUCCUACACUUGAUCCCAGGAGGAAAUCUUAUCUCGUACAGAAUCUUUUGACAAGCCGCUGGAUUGCCGCUCAGCAAAAAUCAAUUCAAGAAAUGGAAGAUGGAGCCUCUUCCAUUGAAGGUAUUGUAGGACAAUGUCCAUCAUAUCGUGUCUCAGAUAAACAAAUAUUUGGUUGCAACCACUACAAGAGAAACUGUAAAUUGGUUGCUGCUUGCUGUGGGAAGUUAUUCACUUGCAGAUUUUGCCAUGAUGAAGUGAGCGACCAUACAAUGGAUAGGAAAGCAACGGCUGAAAUGAUGUGUAUGCAUUGCCUGAUGAUUCAGGCAGUAGGGCCUAGUUGUGUGACACCAUCAUGCAAUGGAUUUUUCAUGGCUAAGUACUAUUGUAAUAUAUGCAAGUUUUUUGAUGAUGAGAGGACUGUGUAUCAUUGCCCCUUUUGCAAUUUAUGCCGUCUUGGAAAGGGUCUCGGAAAAGACUUCUUUCAUUGCAUGACUUGCAAUUGUUGUCUAGCAUUGAAGUUAGUUGACCAUAAAUGCCUAGAGAAGAGUUUGGAAACAAAUUGUCCAAUAUGCUGCGAGUUUCUCUUCACAUCAAGUGCUGCAGUCAGGGCCUUACCAUGUGGUCAUUACAUGCAUUCAGCUUGUUUUCAAGCUUAUGCUUGCAGCAAUUACAUUUGUCCAAUAUGCAGUAAAUCCAUGGGAGAUAUGGCGGUUUAUUUUGGAAUGCUCAAUGCUUUAUUGGCUUCUGAGGAGCUUCCUGAGGAAUACAGAGGUCUUGUGCAGGACAUACUUUGUAAUGAUUGUGAACGUAAAGGGACAGCGAAUUUCCAUUGGCUAUAUCACAAGUGCGGUUUUUGUGGAUCAUAUAAUACAAGGGUGAUAAAGUCUGAGAGAACAAAUUCCAACUGCCCCCAUCAAGGCGAUGAUGAUGAUAGGCAACCGUUGAUACCAAGAACGUCGUCAGAUAGACAAACCGGUUAGAAUUUAAAAGUAAGAAACGUGUACAUAAAGAAGAUUUUCUUGACCCGACUUUAGAUAAUAUAUAUUUUACAUAAAUAUCAUCUUAAGUUUUAAUUUUGACUGGAUUUAGCUAGAAUGGAAAGAGAUAUUGGAUAGUUUAAAUGAAGAUACUUGAAACUGGUAUAUUAGUAUAGGAUGUAGCUACAAGAGUGCUUGUAUG